AUGUCAGACCCUACACCCCAGCACUAUCAAAUCAACGACUUCACCUUCCAGGAUGGGACCGGUCCGACCUCAAUCCGGCUAGCCUUCCUAGACAUCAACCCGAGUGCGGAGAAAGUGGCCCUUGUUUUAACCUCUUUCCGUGGCCGGCUUCCAUCUACCUUAACCUUUAGCCAUGGCGCGCUCAGGGAACACAGGGUUAUUGCAGUGGCAUUGUUUGGUAAUGGCGAAUCUUCAAGUCCGUCUAAUAAGGUCAACUUUCCCGAAACACUUACAUACGAAGACUGCGUUCGUGCUCAGCACCAGUUGAUAAAUUCGCAUCUCAAUAUCCUAACUAUUGAUGUGGUGGUUGGUUUCUCCAUGGGCGGGCAGUGCUCGUACUACUGGACCCUGAUGUACCCCGACAUGGUCCGGAAUGCUGUCAUCAUCUGCGCCUCGGCUCGUACCAGCCGCCACAACUACCAGUUUCUCGAGGGACCAAAGGCUGCGCUGGAGUAUGCUGCCGACUACCACAAAGGAGAUCGCAACGAACCCUCUUCAAGGCCAUUGGGCGGGCUACGAGCUUUCGGAAAAGCAUACUCAGCCUGGUUGACAAGCCCGGAGUGGUUUGAAAACGAGAUGUACAAGUCAAUGGGAUAUGAAACAUUGAGCGAUUGGGAUAAUGAUGCGACUGGGGUAAACUACCGCAAUUGGCACCCUGAUGACUUGCUAGCCAAGAUAGGCAUGUGGCAGAGAGCCGAUGUCACGCUGGUCUCGGGAGAUACAUCUAUACAAGAAGCGCUGUCACGAAUCAAGGCCCGUGUCCUGGUUAUGCCAUGUUCAACAGACCAGUACUUCCGCUGGGAAGCGUCUGAGAAGGAGUCACUUGCGAUUCCCCGUUCAACGUUCAUGGUCAUACCAUCUGCGUGGGGUCAUUUGGCUGGACUGGGCUGUAACGCAGCAGAUAAAGACUUUAUGGAUCAGGCGAUAACUAAAUUUUUGAGGAAGCAGUGA